UGGAUAAGUUGUUAGUUUUAUAGCGGAUAUGUAGUGCGUAUAUAUAGGGUGUAGAGAAGCGUUUGGGAUUGUGGUUUUGGUGAGGGGUGAAGUGCGUUUCCGCUCGCGCCACUAAAGCGUCUCGUUGCAUGGAAACAGUCUAACUGAGAGAGAGAGAGAGAGAGAGAGAGAGAGAGAGAGAGAUGUGCGACUGUUUUAGUGAUACAGUUACUUUACAAAAGAUUUUAUGAUUACCUUUUUUUAUUUCUUGGGCUGUAAUUAGAGCUGUUGAAUAUGUUUUACUGUGAUGUAACACUUACAUAGGAGCAUGUUAGCUUGCUAGCCGGUCCUGCUAUAUAUAAAUACCGUAAUUACUGUUAGCUAAUGCUAACGCUGGUGAGCUCAAUGACCAGAGAUUUAUGCAAAUAACAAAAAGUUAUUUGUAUAGUUCCUGAUAGAGUGAGUGAGAGAGAGAUAGAGAGAGAGAGAGAGAGAGAGAUUCAUUUACUGACUCUGGGUUAAAAUCCAUUCUCUCUCUCUCUUGUCGUUAGUGAACUAGCUGUAGAGCUCAGAGGAUUAAAGUUUAAUCCAGGUAAUAACUAGUUGCUAUAUUAGCGGAGUUAGAUAUCCGAGUGUAAACACUGCUGUGCUUCUUAGUUAGUAGUCUAAGCCUGCACUGGAGUAUGGCGGGUGAUAUGAAGCGGAUUCCUGAGCUGGAGCAGGAGAAAUAUGACGCAGAUGAACAGGUGAAGAUUAUCUGCCUCGGGGACAGUGCAGUGGGCAAGUCCAAGUUAAUGGAAAGAUUUCUCAUGGAUGGAUAUCGACCUCAGCAGCUGUCCACCUAUGCCCUGACGUUAUACAAAUACACCACCACUAUCAACGGCAAGCCUGUGCUGGUCGAUUUCUGGGACACCGCUGGCCAAGAGCGCUUUCAGAGCAUGCACCCGUCUUACUACCACAAAGCACACGCUUGUAUCAUGGUCUUUGAUGUCCAGAGGAAAGUAACGUAUAAGAAUCUUUCCAACUGGUAUAAAGAGCUGAGAGAAUACAGACCUGAAAUUCCCUGUCUGGUGGUGGCUAAUAAAAUAGAUGCUGACAUGAGAGUGACACAGAAGAGCUUUAACUUUGCUAAGAAGCAGGGACUGCCUUUCUACUUCGUAUCUGCUGCUGAUGGAACUAACGUGGUCAAGGUUUUCAAAGAUGCUAUAAACAUGGCUUUGUCUUACAAGAAGAAUUCCAGUGACUUUAUGGAUGUCGUCAUGAGAGAACUGGAGAACUUUGAUUUGGAGGGCAAAGAAGAGUCGGCUGAUGAAGAAGAAGAAGAGGGAAAAGCAGACUGACCCUCUGAGCGUGUGGUGGGAGCUGAAUGGUUUGUCUUGGCAUUAAAGUGCUGUUAGAAUCACGGCUGCUCACCAACUGUCCUGAAGAGUUUACGAGCCGUUCGUAACAAAAGUGAAACCAGCGGGGACAAACUCUACCUCAGUUGUUGGAUCGAUCCCUGCGACCUGCUACACUGAAUAUUCAAUGCAUAGACUGCAUGUAAUAAAUCUAUGUGUGGCUUUAGAAGGUUGUAAAAACAUGCUAUAAAUACAAGUACAGUGCAGGUAUUAUAGGUACAAUGAUGUGUAGGUUUUUCACAGAUAUUUCAAAUUCUGGACGCAGCUGUUCAGGAACACAAGUAGGCAGCCGUGGUAUAAUCUCACACCAUGUGUGUGUGUGUGUGUGUGUGUGUGUGUGUAAAACUGUUUAGCGCUGAGGAGAGAUCCUGCUAUUUGAUAUCUAUUGUCUUUUCCUCAUAAGUGACAUCACAGUGGAAAGCCUUGAUAACAAUAUUGACAUUUUGCAUUGUUUUGGUAGUAUUUAUAUCGAGGAAAUUUAUGUUAAAUGUACUUGAAUCGCAUUUUUAAAAUUGUUUUCCAGUUGUACAUGAUAAUUCGGAUCCAGCAUUAGAAGGAUGUAUAAAAAGCUCAAAAUUUUGCACAAACUGUGAAAAGACGUCAUGUGUCUGGUUGUAGAAAUCGUACGCACAUUGCCUUCAGUCCGAUGUGAGAUUUAAGUGAGUAGGAAAAAAAUCUUCAUGUGCUGUGUAUGUGUAAAUGGAACUGGAAAAGCACUCAUAUUGUGGCAGCAUAUUAACGCAUCCUUCAGUGUUCAUUUAAGAGCAUCUUGGUAUGUGCUGCAAUUAAACACUGUUGCUUUUAUUUA